AAACGAAAGAAGAACUAAAAUGGCGGCGGUGGUAGCGGCUGCGUCUCGGGAGCGCCGUUCCCGGUCACAUGACCGCCCGAUCUGGGAGGGGGAGCCGGGAGUGUUUUCUCUUUCAUUUCCGACGGGCUCCCACACGUAGGAAACCCGGCAGCGCCUGUUCCUUGUCAGAACCUGGGUCUGGCGGCGGGUGGGUCGCCGAGGGGCAGCGGAGGCGGCGGCCGGGAGGCGGAGACGCGUCUCCACCCAGCGCACGCCGCUCUGGACGCGCCCGCCUCCUCCUCCGCCACUGGAAGCGGAGCGGGGCGGAGAGAGGAAAGCGCUCAGGUAAGGAUGGCACAGAACAAAUACCUUGCAGCAAAACUGAAAAACUAUUUGCGAGAAGACAAAAUUCAGCUAUGGAAACCCCCAUAUACAAACAGCCACCAGGAGGCGGGUGAGGAGCUGAAGGCUCUCGCACUGCAAUAUUCAGCCAGGCUAAAUUGUAAUGACAAUGAAAUAGAGGCCCUCCUGGAAGAGAUACGCUCCAAAGCAGUCGAGCGAGGAACGAAAAAUGAAGCUUAUAAGAUGACAGGAGUUGCGACGCUUGAAGUAGCCUUGCCUACAAGGUUGGGUAAAGCAAGAAAAAAUGUGCUGGAGACAAAAUUGGUCAUCACAGGCAAGGAGCUCAGAUCUCAAAUAGCACAAGCAUAUGGAUUGGAAGAAAAUUGCAUCAAAAUAAUUAUAAAUAAGAAGCAGCUUGACCUGGGAAAGACUCUAGAAGAGCAAGGUGUGACGCACAAUGUCAAGGUCAUGGUGCUUGAGCUGAAACUGUCCGAGGAAGAAACCAGGAAGAAAGUCCGCAGUGAGGAAAUGCAACAGGAGGAAGAGGCUGUGAAGAAAAAAGAAAUGAACAAAAGGAUGCAAAGGACAAAAAAAGGCUUAGAAAUACUUGCAGAGCGAGAGGAUUCCAUGGAUCCCGAUAGAGCACCUUACCUGGACAUAGCAAACCAAACCGGAAGAACGAUCAAGAUUCCUCCACAAGCAAAAAAAGCUCUUUUCUUAGCCAUGGGCUAUCAUGAAAAGGGCAGAGCAUUGCUGAAGAAAAAAGAAUAUGCUAUGGCGCUGCCCUUCCUGUUGGAUGCAGAUAAACAUUUCUGUGAAUGUGGUUCAGACCUCCUGAACACUGUUGAUAAUUACGCAGUGUUGCAGCUGGACAUUGUCUGGUGCUACUUCCACUUGGGUCAGCUGGAUUGCCUUGAUGAUGCUGAGAAAAAGCUCCUUGCAGCUCAUGAUUGUUUCAGGAAGUGUUACGGAGAGAACCACGAAAGACUGGUCACUAUAAAAGGAAGCUCUGGGAGAGAGAAGGCUUUGUUUCUAAGGCUGUACUUGCUUCAAGGAAUAAGCCAUUAUCAUAAUGGCAGAGAGCAGGAGGCUGGUGAAAAUCUUCAAAGGGCACAUGACUUGUUUAAAGAGUUGUGCAUCGAUCCUGACAAGAUAAAUAGCUUGUUACUACUGGGAUUCUCUGCUCAGGAAGCCCGCCUGGGUCUCCGAGCUUGCGAUGGGAAUGUGGACCACGCUGCCAGCCACAUUUCCAACAGGAGAGAGGAAAAAGCUCAAAUAAGAAGAGAGGAGAGAGCUAAAAGAAGAAAGCGAUUGGAGGACAUUAACUCCUUGAAGAGUAUGGGCUAUUCAGAGCGAACUGCUAGAGAAGCUCUUCAUAAUGCAAAAGGAGACCUUGAACUAGCGGUUAAGAUUAUGCUUGAAAACCCUCACCUACUCCUGUCAGAUGAUGACGAUCCGGUGCCCAGGAACCAGUUUCAAGUUCCCCAGGAAAGUAUUGAUCAAUUGGUGUAUAUGGGCUUUACUCCUGAAGCAGCAGAGCAAGCUCUGAAAGUGUUUAAAGGCAACAUUCAGCUGGCUGUGCAAACGCUUGCUCAUUAUGGGGGAUCUCUCCCUGCUGAAUUACAGACCCCUUCAGAUAGCAUCACUCCCUCAGAUGAAUCCAGUUCGUCAAAAGACUCUCCUACGGACUCUGCAGAGAAAAGGAAAAAGAGAAAAGAAGAAAGAGGAAAAACUCAAGGCACUUCUGGGGCUUCAACUGAUGAAGACAUGGAAGUAGAUGCUGUCAAUGAAAUCUUAGAGGACAUCCCAGAGCACGAAGAAGAUUAUCUGGACCUAACUCUGGAAGAGGAAGAGCUUGUCAUCAAUGAAUACCUCUCUUACAUACAGCACCUGCAAACACAGUCCCAGUAGGCAAAUUCUGAAAGACUCCAGUAUCACAUACAUGAACCAGCAUUUGUGGGGCUUAGAUCCAGGGGGAAAAUUAGUUGCAUGUAAGUCACAGUGAAGUCAGUGGGUCAUGACUAAUUUUAAGUGUAAUGUACUUAGUCUAGAUUAGGACUGUGGACUUCUAAUACUUAGAUUGCAAAUAUGUCUGACCCUCCUUUUGCCAAAUGCCUUAAGUUAAGUCAGUUGCAUAUUUUUAAAAAACAAACACUGGCAUGAGUAAAACCUGUAGUACUAUUAAUCUAGAGUGACACUGGAGAGGAAUACAUUUAAUUGUAGAACAAAAAUAUUUGCAGAAGAAAUAUUUUUAUAGAGAGCUUCGAUAUAUUAUAUUGGUGUGAAAUUCAUCUAUUUAAUUAGUAGAGCAAAUAAAAUCAGUUCUGCAUACA